CUAUACACAUCUCCUUCCCGUUUUAUUUUCCUACUAGCAAUUUUAAAUUUUUCAAGCUGUCAGCAAAGGCGGGGAAGUUUACAGAAACGUCCUUGGUUUUCGCCUUUUAUUAGUCCGACAGCGUACCUACUGGAAUUUGUUUAGCAGGGAGCGUGAAAACAACAGAAAAAAGGAAAAACAACAGAGAUGGGACGCAUUCCGUGUUGUGAGAAGGAUAAUGUAAAGAGGGGACAGUGGACGCCUGAGGAGGACAACAAGCUCUCCUCUUACAUUGCCCAGCAUGGGACUCGGAACUGGCGCCUCAUCCCUAAGAAUGCCGGACUCCAGAGAUGUGGGAAGAGCUGCAGGCUUAGGUGGACUAAUUAUCUCCGCCCAGACCUCAAGCAUGGUGAGUUCUCGGAAGCAGAGGAGCAGACAAUCAUGAGGCUUCAUGCAGUCGUUGGCAACAGGUGGUCUUUGAUCGCAGCUCAGCUGCCCGGUCGUACUGAUAAUGACGUCAAGAACUACUGGAACACGAAGCUAAAGAAAAAGUUGUCAGGAAUGGGAAUCGACCCCGUAACUCACAAGCCCUUCUCCCACCUUAUGGCAGAGAUCGCCACCACCCUCCCACCGCCCCAUGUUGCCCACCUUGCAGAGGCUGCCCUUGGUUGCUUCAAGGACGAAAUGCUCCACCUCCUCACCAAGAAGCGAGUCAACUUCCAGCUCCACCACCCCAUUGAACCCCCUCCAGGAGGCAACACCUCGUCUCCUUACAACAGUGCAGGCGUGAAGGACGAGACGGAAGACAACGCAGUGGAGAAGAUCAGGCUCGGCCUCUCAAGGGCCAUCCAAGAGCACAAUGAGACUACCAUGCCAGUGUCUGCAAGCAAGUGUUGGGUCGAUGCGGCAGGCAUGGCACCACUAUCAAGCGGGAACCUCAAUGGGUCGUGCAGCGCUUUCCCAGAACCAGAGUUCCAUUACAGUCCCACGAGUUUCAUGAACGAAGGGGAGGGGUCACCGUGGAACCGGAGCUUGUGUGGUGAAACCAGGCUGAACGGAAAGCUUCAGGAUGAGAAUGUGGAGGAGUCCGAAGGUGGGAAGGAUGACGAGAGAAAUGGAUCCAAUACUUUGUUCAAUUCGGAUUGCGUCCUAUGGGAUUUACCAGCUGAUGAUCUGAUGAAUCCUAUAGUAUAG